AUGGGAACCCGAGGUGACAUGUAUCCAUUGGGUACCACCGAGGACUGUAACAACCAUGUGCUGUGCCCAGCAAACGCCAAGUGUGUGAACAACACACACUGCACUUGCCUGGAUGGAUACCAGUCACAUGGGAAUUGCUUCUUCACCGACACAACGGAGAUCUGUGAUGAUAUCAACGAGUGUCUGGGGCUGAGCCCGCCAGGUUGCGGACUCAAUGCAAAGUGCAUCAACAUGGCCGGGAGUUACUACUGCACCUGCAUUGAUGGCUAUGAGCCCAGCUCUGGGAAAGCCAACUUCACGAAUGUGAGAUGGGACACCUGCAAGGAUAUUGACGAGUGUCAGGGCCCGAGCCCGGCAGACUGCGGACCCCACGCACAGUGCACCAAUGUGCCUGGGAAUUACUCCUGCAGCUGCAUCCAUGGCUACGAGCCCAGCUCUGGGAAAGCCAACUUCACGCACGCGAGUGAGAACACCUGCCAGGAUAUUGACGAGUGUCAGGGCCCGAGCCCGGCAGACUGCGGACCCCACGCAAACUGCACCAAUGUGCCUGGGAGUUACUACUGCACCUGCAUCGAUGACUACGAGUCCAGCUCUGGGAAAGUCAACUUCACACACGCGAGUGAGAACACCUGCCAGGGUGAGCUCUCCCCUGGCCCCCACCUGCUGAGACCCCCCCUCGCACACACAAAUGCUCACAUUGACGAGUGCCAGCGAAACACCACAAUCUCUCUAACGUCUGCUCCUCUCUUCCCAUCGCUCCAAGUCCCCAGCAUGAACUCCAGCGCUGAGUUUGAGAGAAUCAAAGAGACAUGCAGGAAUUUCUCUUUGCAGGGAAAGUGGAGCGGCAGAAGCAGCAGUUUUUCCUCUUUCUUUAAUUCGACCUUAGAGAUUUUGAUGUCCACCUGCGGAGACGGGAGUGCGGCAUUAUCACUGGAGAACGUGACUCUCCGUUUCAAUGCCCUCCUGAACAGCACCUCCCUCUGGGAUGGCGGAGACAAGAGGGACGUGGGAUCAGCCGUGACGGUCCUGCUGCAGAGCGUGGAACUGGCCGCACUGGCCACUGCGCUCCGGUCUCCAGGGUGGACAACACAGAACGUGACGACAGAGUCUAUGGCUAUUCAGACGCGGCUCAUCACAGGGAACUGCAGCCACCAGAGCAAAGACUUCACGCUGACCGCUCACGAGGAGAUGAUGGACAUGGACUGUGAUACAGUCACCGGGGCAGCCACACAAGCAGGUUUGGGGGCUGCUGCUUUUAUUUCCUACUCCACCCUGAACUCCAUCAUCAAUGCGACACUUCCCAGCGAGGGAAAUCUACCGGCUGGUGGGAAGCUGGAGAAGAGUCAUCUCAACUCCAGGGUGGUGAGUGGGGCCAUCGGAGACGGGAGACCCAUUAACCUCUCCAGACCUGCAAACUUCACCCUGAGCCACAGACAGGUCAAAAAAGAGGAGGAAGAGGCUCUCUGCGUCUACUGGAAAGUAGUGGCCGAGAGCGGCAGCUGGUCUCCGGACGGCUGCACCACCGUGCACAUAAACAGCACUCACACCAACUGCAGCUGUGACCAUCUCUCCAGCUUCGCCAUCCUAAUGGCUCCCACCACAGUGACGGAGAGUGACCCACUGACCAUCAUCACCUACGUGGGACUGACCCUCUCCCUGCCGUGCCUCUUCCUCGCCAUCCUCACCUUCCUCCUGUGCCGCUCCAUCCGCAACAUCAGCACCUCCCUCCACCUGCAGCUCUGCCUCUGCCUCUUCCUGGCCGACCUGCUCUUCCUCAUCCCGGUGACUCCCACCGGCAGUCGGGUGGCAUGUGCUGUCAUUGCUGGGCUCCUACACUACCUCUUCCUGGCCUGCUUCUCCUGGAUGUUGCUGGAGGGGCUGCACCUCUUCCUCACCGUCAGGAACCUGAAGGUCAUGAAUUACACCAGCGCCAGCCGGUUCAAGAAGAGAUUCAUGUACCCGUUCGGCUACGGAUUCCCAGCCCUGGUGGUGGCUAUUUCUGCAGCAGUGAAUCCUAAAGGCUACGGAACUUCCAAACAAUGCUGGCUCAGCCAGGACAGAGGUUUUCAUUGGAGCUUCCUGGGUCCAGUCUGUGCCAUAAUCCUGAUAAAUAUAACGUUCUUUGCGCAGACACUGUGGAUCCUGAGAAACAAACUCUCCUCCCUCAAUGCAGAUGUGUCCACCCUCAAAAACCACAGGUUACUGACCUUUAAAGCCAUCGCCCAGCUCUUCAUUCUGGGGUGCACAUGGAGCCUUGGUCUCCUCCAAAUCGGCCCAGCAGCCACGGUCAUGGCGUAUUUAUUCACCAUCGUCAACAGUCUGCAGGGAGCCUUCAUCUUCCUGGUGCACUGUCUCCUCAAUCGCCAGGUGAGAGAGGAGUACAGGAGAUGGAUCAAGGGAUUC